AUGGCGAAAACCUUCACCAAGGACGAUGUCGCGUCGCACGGCAAGGGCGAUAGCAUGUGGAUCGUGAUUGACGAGGACGUCUAUGAUGUCUCCAAAUUCCAAGAUGAGCACCCUGGUGGAAAGAAAAUUCUCCAGCGCGUCGCCGGAAAGGACGCUUCUAAGCAGUUCUGGAAGUACCACAACGAGGGUAUCCUGAAGAAGUACAAGGGCCAGCUGCAGAUCGGCUCGUUGGACACCAAGAAGCAGGCCGAGCCCGCUCCGGCCCCCGCGCCCAAGAAGGCUGAGCCCAAGCCGCAGCCCGCCUCGGGUGAUGUCAAGGCCUCUGCGACUGCCGAGCCGCAGGAGCCGUAUGGCGACCUGAUUCCGUUCGCCGAUCCCUCGUGGUACCAGGGUUACUCUUCCCCGUACUUCAACGAAACGCACGCCGCUCUCCGUGACGAGGUUCGCCAAUGGGUCGAGACAGAGAUCGAACCCUACGUUACCGAGUGGGAUGAGGGCAAGGAGGUGCCCCCUCAUAUCUACAAGCAGAUGGGUGAGCGUGGCUACUUGGCCGGCCUGUUGGGCGUCAAGUACCCCGAGCAGCACACUCCGUACCGGGUGCAGUCUGUGUCGCCGGACCGCUGGGAUUUGUUCCAUGAGAUGCUUCUCACCGACGAGCUGUCCCGCGCUGGAAGCGGUGGCUUGGUUUGGAACCUGGUCGGUGGUUAUGGUAUUGGUUGCCCACCUCUGGUCAAAUUCGGCAAGAAGGAGCUGGUUGACCGUAUCUUGCCCGGCAUCCUGGCUGGUGACAAGCGCAUUUGUCUGGCUAUCACGGAGCCCGAUGCGGGCAGUGAUGUGGCUAACCUCGGCUGUGAGGCUAAGCUCAGCGAGGAUGGCAAGCACUACAUUGUCAACGGUGAGAAGAAGUGGAUCACAAACGGUGUCUGGGCCGAUUACUUUACCACUGCUGUUCGCACCGGCAAGGACGGCAUGAACGGUCUCAGUGUCCUUCUGAUCGAGCGCUCGGCUGGCGUUAGCACCCGCCGCAUGGACUGCCAGGGUGUUCUCAGCAGUGGAACCACCUAUGUGACCUUUGAGGAUGUUAAGGUUCCCGUCGAGAACCUGAUCGGCAAGGAGAACGGUGGCUUCAAGGUCAUCAUGACCAACUUCAACCACGAGCGUAUCGGAAUCGUCAUCCAGUGUUGCCGCUUCGCCCGUGUCUGCUAUGAGGAAGCCAUGAAGUACGCCCACAAGCGCAAGACCUUCGGAAAGCGCCUGAUCGACCACCCCGUCAUCCGCAUGAAGCUCGCCCACAUGGCCCGCCAGAUCGAAGCCACUUACAACUGGCUCGAGAACAUCAUCUUCCAGUGCCAGUGCAUGGAGGAGACCGAGGCUAUGCUCAAGCUGGGUGGUGCCAUCGCUGGCCUCAAGGCCCAGUCCACCCAGACCUUCGAGUUCUGUGCCCGUGAGGCCAGUCAGAUCUUCGGUGGUCUGAGUUACAGCCGCGGUGGUCAGGGUGGAAAGGUCGAGAGACUGUACCGUGAUGUCCGUGCCUAUGCUAUCCCCGGUGGAAGUGAGGAGAUCAUGUUGGAUCUCAGCGUGCGCCAGAGUCUGCGCGUGCACGGGAUGUUUGGCAUGAAGCUCUAA